ACCAGGUGUCCGUGAAGGUGGGUGGGGUUGAUCAUCUCGGGGCAGAGGAUGAUGCUGGUGGUGUUGUCAUUGUCGCUUUCAUUGACCCUUACCAUAUUCCCCCUCUAUGUUCUAGCCUUGCAUCCACACUGGCUGGGAUCUUGUUUAUCAUUCGGCUCGCCGGAACAAUGGAUCUUCAUUCAGACAGAUCGUUCAACCACAUGAAUGCGUUUGCCCCGUCAUCCUCAUCUUCUUCCUUCCCGCGCAGUCGCCGAGGGUCGCAGCAGCAGUCCAACCCUCUGCAUGCUACCCAUACCUCCUCAUCCGGGCUAUUCGACACUGUCCGACCUUCGCAGCCCACGCUUUCCUAUCGUAAUGAUGAACUGUUUCUGAUUCCUGAGUCUUCUCGAGCACAUCGUGCCACUGCUCUCCGUCAGUUGAAUGGUGCUACCGCGAGGCCCUUAUCAGGGAGAAGCCGACCUGCAGCCUCUCGGCCAUCCUCCUUGGGAUCUCAACCCGUGUUAGUGAGAGCCUAUUCGGGAGGUCCUGAUGAGGCUUCCACUCAAGUCACGAUGCCUUCGCGGCGCUCCUUUCUUUGGUCAUCAAGCUCGACCAACCGCGAUCAGGGGCCUGCGCUGCCCUCUGAAGAGGAUUUUAGUAUCGAUAGCAUAUUACGCGCCAUUGAGCCCGACAUCCGCCAUACUCUCGACGCUAUCGGCAAGAUUUGUGGCCGAAGCAAGCUGAGUCUCGCCAAUGAGUACGGAAGUCAUAUCGCUCCUUUGGGCGAAAUCCGUGCUCCCCCCGGUGGCCUGUUGACCGUAGAGGAAGCCAGUCCUGAUCACGAGCGACAGGCGGAUCACUUAGUGAUCUACGAUGACGACAACAGUGUCGCUAAUGGGCGAGACCAUCACUCCGGUCCAUCCUUCCGCUACUGGGACCAUGUCCGACAGGUUACAACAGGCUAUCACUCAAGAAUGUCCCUGUCCGGAGAUGGCUCGUCGGCGCAGAUUCAGCCUAGUACGCCACGAUCCUCAGUGGCCUUUCAGUCUUCCCAUGGCGGGAAUGGGUUCAGUCCGCUUUCAACCACCAGAGAGAUCGCGUCCAAGUCGAACGCUAGUGGCCGAGCUCUUCUGGGAAAGAAUCUGAAGAACGACGCCCGUGGCCGGACUUGCGAGAUGAUCACGCCUGCACUGGUGUCAGAGACAUUGCUCGAAGCCCAAGCCGAAAGCCGUUGUUCACAGCCAAGCGCAGCUGUUUCAGAGGUACACCGUCGCAAGCGGCCACUCAGUCCAGGCAAUUCAAAUCCCUGCACUGAGCAGAAUCCCGGGGAUAGACUGUUGGAAACGACCAGACCAUCGUCGAUGGUUGAUAUACGGAGUCUGUUCGGAUGGCUCCGAUACAUGAUGACCGAUGGAAAGUUCAAAAGGAGUCCGACGACAGCCGAAAUGAUGCUACGAGCAAUGCUGGAACGACAAGGCAAUGGCCGUGAUGAAUGAUUUUCCUUCUUGCAUGCGCUUAUGAAUGAUGAUGUUAUAUGAUUAACGAUGUUUGUUUUAUUUCUUUGAGCCCUUUUGUCAGUGCAUGAUGUCUUAUGUUUAGAAGCCUCAAAGGGCACAUAUGCUC